ACGUAGUUCGCGAACAGAAAACACGAUUUUUCAUCGGGCAUUGAAAAAUAUAUAUCAAGCCAUUUAAUUAAAUUGUCUGAGCUUAAACACGCAAGACAAUACCAGACAGUGAAAAUUGUAAUGGAGUAGGAACUGACGACUACCGGUUGACAAUAUGAAUGCCAACUAUAUAUCACGUGCUCUAUGCUACCAUGGCCAGCCAUUGCAGAAAAUCUGGGAUGAUGAGCGGGGCGUCGAGGAUUUACGCCGGCUAAAUCUUACACAGCCAAACUACAGCGUCUACCAGGAGCGACAGAAGUAUUUUACAUUUCAGGAGCGUGCUAAACGUUUGAAAAUUCAUCAGUUUUUGGCAAGAAAAGCAUCAGAUCUGUAUGACCGACAGCUGGUGGGCAAUGUGAUGGAGGAAUCAUGGCUAGCGCAAAUGAGCAACUGCUAUGCACCGCAGCCCCCCAUCGAGUUCUAUUUGAACCCGAAGGACAAACGAAAAGCCUGGGCAUAUCGUAUGGGCGCACUGAAGCAGGGAGACAUUGUGUUUGCCUCAGUGCAAAAGGUUAUAACGAAUGCAAACCGGAUUAUAGUCAAGCCUUUGUGCACAGCAGAGCCAAUGCACUUCUAUCUAGCGGAUAUACCCAUUAAGGCCAUCAUCAUGCAGGAUCAUUGGGGUCCAUUGCCAUUAGACAAACAAGGAAAUCAACAUUCAUUUUCAAUUAACGAUUUUCUGCGUUGCGAAGUUUGCAGCGUUUCGGCUGAUGUGGAACGCUUGACUCUGGGCAUGUUGGGUGUGUACAAUAAGACAUCUGAUCUUAAGCUGGGCCUAUGCGAUCUGACAGAUUUACCAAAAUACUAUCGUCAAAUACGUAAUCUAGAGCCAGGAAACGCACCACACUACGAAGAUCAGUUGAAUGCAGCGCUGGAAUUUGAGAAUCCUAAUUGUGAUGUGCUUUUUCAAUUAAAUGGACUCCAGCCCAAUGAGAAUCUUACAUUAAUGAGCAACAUUAAACAUGGCUUUCCCGAAUCUGAGUAUGCCUUGGAGCUGCGACAGAAACAGGCCUCACAGUGGGCAUUCCGCUCCGUGGCUGAUGGCAUUGAGCACUUUAAGAAUGGUCAACAAGUUGAGGCCUUUCAGUGCCUGAACAAAGCCCUGAACAUUGAUCCGCGCAAUGUCGAAGGCUUAGUAGCGCGCGGUGCACUGUACGCGAAUCGUGGCAGCUUCUUGAAGGGUCUGAAUGACUUUGAAAAGGCGCUAAUUUUGAAUAAGUACCAUGUGAAUGCGCGUAAAUAUAUGGGCGAAACCCUGGUGGCACUCGGACGCAGCUAUGAGGAGGAGAAUCGCAUACCGGAUGCCAUCAAGGCCUACAGCGAUUGUCUAAAUCUAUUGCCACAGCAUGAGCAGGCACGCAUAUCCCUUGAUGCACUGCAGCAAACCCGGGCAUCUGUACUUGGCCCCAGCUCCAAUUUAAUGACCAUGCAGCAUAGCACCGAAAUGCUCAAUUUACCCAACACUGCGGACGCUACCGUCAACAUUGCCUCCUCGGACGAGUCCAGUUCCUCUAGUGCUAGUGACAACGAAAACGAGAGCGAAGAGCGGCCUGUCAAAUCGCGCUCCCAUUUGACCAUAGAGCAGGACAAGCAUGCCGUUAGUGAUUCCCUAUCAGCUAACGAGUUUAAGUUGGACGACGACGACACUAUGAACAGUGUGCGACGACUGUUGCGCGAGGCUAGUAAACACAAGAAAUCUAAAAAGAAGGGCAAAAAGAAGAAGGACAAAGACAAAGAACGCAAGGAAAAUAAAAAAUCUAAGUCAAAAUCUGCUGAUGAAAUCGAGACUCUGACAAAUACAGAAGCCGCACUCGAAAUGCUCAAGAAAAUUGACUAUGCCGCGGCGUUCAGGCUCAUGAGCAGCAGCAGUAGUGAUGCCCAGCUAAAGGCCCAGUUGCAAAACUAUUUCAAGCAAAAAGAACGCUCAGAAACGCCCCCACCACCGCCUCCAUCUGCACCCACUACAAUGCGCAAACAGCCUGCGGCAUCAGCAUCAACGUCGGCAGGAAGUUACAACCUAAUGAUGGGUCCAAGCACUUCAAAAUACGCUGCCGCUGCAGCGGCUACUUUGGAUGAUGAGCAACCACCGCCAGCGCCCAAGUUUCAUAUGCAACAACAACAACAACAGCAACAGAAACUCUCUUUUCAAAUUAAGAAGCGUCCCCUGCAGAUGGACAAAUUUGGCUUGCUACGUUUAGCCACGCCGCUCAGCUCCCAUUCACAGAGUCGCAGUCGCAGUCGUUCGCCUAGACGACGCACUAGAAGCCGCUCACGUGACCGACGCUCAUCCCGACGACGCGGCGGCAACUCUCGUUCUCGCAGUCGGAGCAGAAGUCGAAGUCGCUCGCGCUACUCGAGAUCAAGAAGACGACGCACACGUAGUCGUAGCCAGAGUCGGAGUCGUAGUCGUAGUUAUUCGCCCGCACGUUACGGUGGAGGAGGAGGUGGUGCUGGAGGACAACGAUAUAGAGGACGUGGAUUUAAGCAACGCUUUGGGAAUCGUCGUUCCCGCUCACGUUCCUAUGGUCGAGCACGACGCACGCCGUCGCCAUUUGUGCCUCGUCGUUCACCGUCGUCAUAUGUGCCACGUCGCACGCCCUCGCCGUUUGUGCCACGUCGCACACCGUCGCCAACUGCACGCUAUCGACGCACUCGCUCGCGAUCACGCACCUAUAGUCCACGGCGCCAUCAGCCCAUGCGUUUUACGCCGCGCGGUCGGGGGCGUGGCCGCGGACGUUUUCAAAAUCGCUGGCAGUUCGACAACCGCAAUAAUGGUCGACGUUUUAGUCCUACACGGAGCGUAAGCCCACCUGGCGAUGGACCCACCAUUGAAGAGGUGGACGAAAUGAUCAAAGAAGCACAAAAGGAACGCAAACAAGGCAUUAUUGAAAGCGACAGGGAUAUACUGAAAAAGAAAGUCACAAACACACCCAGUGACAAGGCCUAAAUAUUAAAGUUCUGGCACAUCUAGUGUUAAGUGUUUCUUUCUACGUAGUUCUAUGUAUGCUUAAUAACCACUCAAAAUGUAAUUGAUAUCACCUUAAACUCAACCAUGGACACCAAAAUAAAGUUGCUUAUAAAGCAAAUUUGUUGCAUGGUCUGCAUGCUUUACAAAUAAAGAGGAAAUCCUACAAUGAAUUAUUG